GUGGGGGGGCUGGCGACGGGGCGCGGUGCUGUUUGCGGGGCUUGCCGACCACUAGUUUCUUGUUGGACGUCUUCAACGGGGUGUUGGCGGGUUUGGUCACUUGAGAGUAUGUGGCCAGUCGCCGUUUCUUGGGCACUUUGGCUGCACUCUGAGGAGGGACAUGGGCGUCUUGUUCAGCUACUUGUGGUGUCUGGACGACUGUGUUCCUGGGUCGCUUGCGAGUGACCAUGCUUUUUCGUCGAGUGGAGGGCCCGUCGUCGGCAGCUUUGUCCGCUUGGAGGGGGGUUGCAAGCUCAGGAAGGUCGGCGACGACGGGGGAAGGGGGGGAGGUGACUGCUUCUUGCGAGGUGGACGGUGGAUCGCCUACAGACGGACCGCCGUGGACUUGGUGGCCAUUGGACACGGGGCGGGUUUGGGUAAACACCAGUGCGACGUUGAUCGCGACCUUCUUGUCCAGUUCAGUCUGGAUAUCAGCCACCGGUUGCUUCUUCUUGGGGAUGUCGUUGGGACGACCAACGGACGGAAUGGACUUUGCGACUGCUAGCGCCACGCUCAACGCCAUCACUCUGUCUUUGGGUUUCACGACGCUGGCCUUCUUUUGCUUGAGGGGGGCAUCGUCAGUGAUAGACGGGUGGUCUGCAUGACCUGUAGAAACCCCUUCGUCUGCUCCACUGGUGGACAUCGUGUGACGGUUGGAAUUUCGUGUCGACGCGGCGGCGGCGUUGGCUGGCUUGGACUGUUUGUCCCUGGACAAGCCUGUAUCGCCAGGUGCAGAUUGUGCGCUCGUUGGAUUCGGAUGUUGGGGUCGAUGUUGAACGAUGCGCGGCGACGCUGUCGAGUCCUGUCGUGAGUUGGACAUGUCUCGGGCCUCUCGUCGUGUGCGAGAUGACGUCGUGGUCUUCCGUGUCUCCAUGGGCAUUUCGACGGGUGUGUUGCUCCUACCAGGUUGGUGCACGUACCGUUCGUUCCGACUAGUUUGACCGCGACGACUUGUGUCCGUUUUCUUGGCAGCAGGUUCUGCGAAACAGGUGGAUACAGCUGGUUUCAUCUGCUCGAUCGCCCCGUUGAAAGUGAGAGCCACAGAGUUCUUGGUGGGAUUCCUGUCGACUGGCUGUGGAGGGUGCGCUGAAUGGCCGCUGAAUGGACCUGUUGACCCCAAGGCCGUUGCCUUUCCCGCCUUGCGCCUGCCAUCCAUCAUCCCAUUGACCUUCUCAUCCGGCAGACGACGAUGAGGUUCGAACUGUGCAUCAGUUCUGCCUGAUGUCAACCGGUGGCGCAAAGGACCGGACCGGUUGUUCGCACGACCAACGUCGCCGCCUCUUCUGCUCGUCAUGGCAGGCAGCAAGAGCCAAAUCCCGUGACAACGAAUACAUGGAUUAUACGAGGUUUCCAAAAAGUGCGCGCAAUUUUGAAUCAGGAGUACAGUACUCACUGUACGGUACAGUGUACAGUACCA